ACCUAUAAAUACCCCGGAUUUUCCCUUCAUCUCAACACACUUAACAAAUAUUCUUCUUUCUAUUUUCUCACCUCUCGAAGCCUCUUCCUUUUAUUUUAUUUCUCCUCCAUUUUAUUGUCUUAACUUGCUUUUGGUCAAAAUGGAAUUUGAGGAGCCAAUAUUGAGAGUAAACAUAACAGACCAUAACAAGAUUAAGCACUACAAUAAUAAUCUUGAAACAAGUUCUAUUAGCUGUUCCUCUGUUGCCUCACAUGAGGAUUUGGCGAGUAGGAUUGAAUCAUUUCAUGUGAGAGAAAAGGGUAAUAUUUCUAAGAGUGAAUCUUCUGAAAAGAAACUUUCAUGGCUGCGUUCUCAAAUUGUUGGUGAAAAUGCCGAUUUUGAGACGCCAUUUGGGAAACGUAGGCUUACCUAUGCUGAUCACACGGCCUCCGGAAGAGGCCUUCACUAUAUCGAAAACUAUAUCAUCAAUAAUGUCCUUCCUUUCUAUGGCAACAGUCACACCAGCGACAGUCAUGUGGGAUAUCAAACAACCAAAUUAGUGCAUGAGGCAGCAGCUUAUGUGAAGAAAUGCGUGGGAGGAGGAGAGGAAGAUGCAAUUAUAUUUUGUGGUUCUGGUUCUACUGCUGCCAUUAAGAGGCUCCAAGAAGUAAUGGCCAUUUCUGUCCCUUCUAUCCUUAGAGAUAAAGUGCUCACUAAAUGCUUUCGUAAUGAAACCAAAGAGCGAUGGGUUAUCUUUGUUGGACCUUAUGAACAUCACUCAAACAUCCUUUCUUGGAGACAAAGUUUAGCUGAGGUUGUGGAGAUUGGAUUGGAUGAAAACGGGUUAGUAGAUAUGGAAGCCUUGAGGGAUCAGCUUGAGUUCUAUAAGACUACAAAUAGGCCAUUGUUGGGUUCAUUCUCAGCUUGUAGUAAUGUCACUGGGACUUACUCUGAUACUAGAGCCAUCGCUCGUCUUCUCCACAAAAAUGGAGCUUUUGCUUGCUUUGAUUUUGCGGCAAGUGCUCCAUACGCGAAAAUAGAGAUGCGAUCAGGAGAAAUAGACGGGUAUGAUGCUGUUUUUAUUAGCCCUCACAAGUUUCUUGGAGGUCCAGGCACACCUGGAAUUCUUGUAAUGAACAAAGCACUCUAUCGAUUGAGGACUUCACCUCCAUCUACUUGUGGGGGUGGUACUGUUGAUUUUGUCAACCCUUACAAUGAAAAGGACACACUCUAUGUGGAGAAUAUUGAAGAAAGGGAGGAUGCUGGAACACCACCAAUCAUCCAGAAAGUGAGAACAGCUCUUGCAUUUUGGGUGAAAGAGUUCAUAAGCCACAAAGUAAUUGAUAGAAUGGAACACACCUACAUUGAACUUGCAAUACAAAGGCUUCUUCCAAACCCUAACAUAUGGAUUUUGGGAAAUGUAACAGCCAAGAGACAAGCUGUUCUUUCUUUUCUCAUAUAUACCACAACUUACUCUUCAUCAAGUGAUGGAAAUGGUGAAGACAAUGAGCUUUACUUAUGGAGAGAGACAGGGAACAAGAGAGAUAAGCCUCUUCAUGGCCCUUUUGUGGCUAAGCUUCUUAAUGACCUAUUUGGCAUUCAAGCUAGAGGAGGGUGUGCUUGUGCAGGACCUUAUGGACAUAAGUUGCUCAAUGUUGAUGAACCUCACUCUCUUGCCUUCAAAGAUGCAAUUGAAAUGGGAUAUACUGGAGUGAAGCCUGGAUGGACCAGGAUAAGCUUCCCCUACUACAUGUCCAAGGAAGAAUUUGAGUUCAUUCUAGCAGCACUAGAAUUCAUAUCUAUUUAUGGACAAAGGUUCCUUCCCUUGUACCAUUUCAAUUGGAAAAGCGGUGCUUGGACAUUCAAGAAGAGAGCUUUGAAGGAGGCUCUUAUGGGAGGGAGGGAUCACAAUUGCAACUUUUGUGGCUCACCAAUGAUGAAGGAGUUGAACCUAGGUGGUGGUAGUUGUCAUGGUGACACAACAGAAGGAUGCACUAAUAACAAAGAAGGCCUUAUUUGCAAGUAUAUAAAGUACCUUGAGACAGCCAAACGCAUUGCUAGCCUCCUUCCUAAGUUCCCAAAUCAAAGGCCAAUACCUGAGGAACUAGACACUAAUCUUGUGUCCUUUAGAGUCUGAAUAAGACCAUUAUAAGCUUGUUCUCUAUCUUAAUAAUAUGUAUGAGGGAAAAAAAAACUUUGUCCAAUGUCUAGUUGGGCAAAUUCUACUUAAAAAGCAUGGCAGGAGUAAAAAAAAACUUUGUCCAAUGCCUAGUUGGGCUAAUUCUACUUAAAAAGUAGUAGAAGAUAUAUGGCAGGAGUAAUCCUCUCCUUGUUUUCUUGUAAUUGUUCAAUAUGUAUUUGUAUUUUCUUUAAGAAAACAUUAAUCAAGCGUUUUUUGAUUUUUCA